CGAAAAGGCAUAAAAAGGCUGAGAGUGUAUGUAAUGGGAGAGUGUCUGUGCUUUUUAUACACGUUUGUCGACAGCAGUAAUGACUGAUUGUAUGACUAAUGCUGUGAAUUGCGUACAAAUGGCUUGAAUUGAAUGCAGAGUUGAUUUGAAUGACAAUAUUAUGAUUGAAUCAAUGGUUUGUCAUUUCAAUACAUCAUAUGAUUGAAAGCAUUGCAACCAUUGCUUCAAUGCAUACAAUAUAUCAAUCGUUUGGCAAUUAUCUCAUGUGAAGGACAUGUGCGAACCCAUGGACCGCAUACUCUCCGAGUUCACCACUCGGACAUCAGCUGAUCCAGCGUUUGCUCGCGAUUUACUCGAGUGCAAUAAUUGGGAUCUGAAGUCAGCGUUGAAAGCGUUUUACAGAAUCAAUGGUUUGAUUCCAAUGAAAGACACGAAACCCGUCGAAGACAUUCACAAUGACAACGAUUGCCAUUCAUUGCCAUUCAGUGACACAAAUGAACUCAAAAUUAAUAACUAUUUGAAUACCAAAAAGUGUGGAAACGAUUGUUUGCCACAAAUGGUGACAAUAAAGUGCAGUUCAGAGCCGUCGCUAUCAUCGCAUUCAUCCCAGUGUUCAGACGACUCGUCCAAUACAUCCUCGCCAUCGAAAUUAGGCAUUCAUUCAAAAUGUGAUGAUUCGGCCGCAGAUGUGAUGGAAGAGACGACCAAGAAGUUGAGUCGAGGCAUCUCCAGAGCCACAGAUAAUGUCAACUUAGUGUCCAAAGCGCGCAAUGAAUUCGCACAAGACUUCAAGACGUCGUGUCGCGGAAGUCGUCUCUUAAACACCAAUAGUUUUCUGGAAACCCCGGACUUCACGUUCACAUUACCCGACCUUUCCAUACAUCCCGAGGACUUCAGACUCUUUUUAGAGCACGACUUGAUUGAGAAGUCGACACUCGUUUCACUCGAAUCUUCCCAAAGACUCAACUGGUGGUCAGCCGUAUGUCACAAGUUGUGGCCAUUGGCCACCACUGGUGACGGCAACUGUCUAUUACACGCCGCGUCAUUAGGGAUGUGGGGCUUUCACGACAGACUACUGGUGCUAAGGAAAGCAUUGCACGCAUUGCUGUCCAACAGUUCAUAUACGGCAGCGUUUUAUAGGCGAUGGAAAUGGCAAACAUAUUUCCAGAACUUUAAAGCAGGGCUUAUAUUCUCAGAGAGCGAAUGGCGUCAAGAAUGGGAUUGUUUGUUGAAAAUGGCUUCAACUGAACCCAGAGUUAGAGCACAUUCUGAUUACAAGAGUUCUGAAUUAAAUGGCGGCAAAAAGAAUGACCCGUUGGAUGAGAUUCAGCCACACGUUUAUGAGAGUCUGGAAGAGAUUCACAUCUUUGCUUUGGCACACGUUCUCAGGCGACCUAUUAUUGUGAUCGCAGACACUAUGCUUAAAGACCUGACCGGUGAAGCAUUCUUUCCAAUACCUUUCGGUGGAAUAUAUCUUCCACUCGAAUGUCCGGACAAUAAUCUCAUGAAAUCUCCUCUUUGUCUGACUUACGACGCCGCACACUUUUCGGCAUUGGUAUCGAUGGACAAAGAGAUUCAAUUCGUUGACAAUCAUCCGUCGCCACCGCCCGCAGCCAUUCCUCUAAUGGAUUUUGAGCACAAUAUACUUCCGCUUCAAUUCGUUGUCGAUCCGGGAGAAGAAGUGUUUAGAAAAGAGCAACACUUUACCGACGAAUUGGUCCAACGUUUGACUCUUAACGAAAGCGAUAAAAUAAUGCUUUUGAAGCAAUAUUUUGAUGUAAAUUAUAUCGAAUGUCCAAAACCUGAGACGGAUUUAGUUAUUGAUAAAAAGCCAGUGAAACGAAACGCGAAGUUAAGUGCAAUGGAAAAGUCGCGAACACUUCCGAGUAGUUUUGAAUCGGACGACAGCUCGUCGGACGCGCCGUCAGCCUCUAGUGUUGGCGGGAGUGUCAGCAAAGCGAAAGCCUUCAGUACCAAAGCAGCCAAACAGUUGUUAAUGAUUACCAAACAUUUCGGAUCACUCGGAAGAAUGAGUAAACGAAUUAAGAAGAAUUUGGGAACUUUUGCCAAAAGAGGCACUUCUUUUCGUAGUAAAUCCAGUGCUUUGUCUCCAACCAAAACAUGUGAUUUGAAUUCAGUUAAAACCAACGCUAACUCUAGUGAACACCAAAAGGACGGUCUCUCCGACUGUGAGCUAAACAUCUGUUUGAUAGACUCGUCGACAAUAGUUGUCGCGCUUUUGCAUACAGACAGACGGCAUAUAUAUUACGAUGAGAUGAUUAGAAACUAUUUAAACACAGCCAGAGCUCGAUUCCUGAGACAAAUGCGAGAGAAAAAGUCGAUUCCAGCGACUAAUGCACCACUCAUUACAUCCAAAUCCAGCUCUAAUACCGAAAAUACGGAGACUAAUCAUAGUCUCACGUUAUGUGUGAAUACCGGGUGUAAAAUGUUUGGCACUUCGCAUAACAAUUAUUUGUGUUCGUCUUGUUUUGCCCAACAAAAGCAACAGUUGAAUGAAAAUCACGUCAACAGCACUACAAUUACCAAUGAUUGCAACAAAACCAAUGAUAUGUCAAACGAUGUGAACAUAGGGUCUGAUUCACAACACUUGAAAGUGUCCUUAAAUUCGCCAAAAAGUAAAUUAGUUGACGAAGACUUACCGGUAGUUAUAAAGUGUGCGAACUCUAACUUCUAUGUCCCGACUUCUAUCUAAACAAACGCUUUUACAAUCUCUUAACUUUAAAUUUUACCAUUACUUUAGACUUGAAUUUAUAUGUAAAUAUUUUUAUCCGACC